AUGACGUCACAGCAGCGAAUCCGGGAUCUACGCUCGCUUUGGGCUCUCCGCUUGCUCAAGGUGCCGAAUGAAGACCGCUCCGUCCGCGACGCCGUCGCAAUGACCAUUUGUCAGUUCUUCCUUCAAGGCCGAUGCCGCUUUGGAGACCGGUGCUGGAACGAACAUCCCCGCGCCGGGGGUGCGGGCGGAGGACGGCAGCAGCAGCAGCAGCCCUCAGGUAGUAACAGACGUGGAUGGAAUAACACCAGCCAGAGAUAUUCCAGUGUUAUCCAGCCAUCCAGUUUCUCCAAAUCUGCACCAUGGGGAGGCAGCAGAGAUCAAGAAAAACCAUCUUUUGGUUCUUUUGAUUCUGGAGCUUCAACUAGCAGGAACAGGGGGUUUGGAUUGUCUCAGAACCCAUUUGCUUCACCUAGCUCUGAUGAGCAGAAAGAUGAAAAGAAACUUCUGGAAGGAAUUGUAAAAGAUAUGGAGGUUUGGGAAUCAUCAGGACAGUGGAUGUUUUCUGCUUAUUCACCAGUGAAGAAGAAACCUAAUAUUUCAGGUUUUACAGACAUUUCACCAGAGGAGUUGAGACUUGAGUACCAUAACUUCUUAACCAGCAAUAACUUACAGAGUUAUCUAAAUUCCAUCCAACAGUUAAUAAAUCAAUGGAGGAACAGGGUAAAUGAACUGAAAAGUCUAAAUACAUCAACUAAAAUAGCUUUGCUCUCUGAUGUAAAGGAUGGAGUAAAUCAAACGGCACCUGCAUUUGGAUUUGGCAGUAGGCAAGCAGUGACAUUUGGGUCACCAGGUUUUCCAAUGAAUAAUAAUAGCAGUGAUAAUGCUCAGAAUUUUAGUUUUAAACCAAGCUCUGGGUUUGCCACUGCCCUUGCUGGAAGCCCUUCUGUGUUCGGGAGUGCUCCGGCAUUUGGAGCCGCACCCUCUGCCAGUUCUGCCGUCACAACGUCUGCUCCAACUUUUGGGCGUGGUAAACACGAAAUCACGUCUGCUGCUUCAUUUUCAUUUAAAAGCCCUGCAGCUUCUGGUUUUGGAUCAUCUGGAUUUUCAGGAUUUCCAGCUUCCAUGGCAGCAGGCCCUAUUGGAGCUCCAGUGGCCCCAGCCUUUGGAAGUGGCAGUUCUGUGGCUGGUUUUGGUAGUCCAGGCUCACAUUCUCUUACUGCUUUUUCCAAGUCAUCUGGUGACACUUUUGGAAAUAGCAGCAUAUCCACCUCCCUCCCAGUCUCAAAUGGUAGCACCACAACAGAUAAUGUAUUAUUCACACCCAAGGAUCAACUAACAGCAGAAGAACUGGAACAAUUUCAAUCCAAGAAAUUUACUCUGGGAAAAAUUCCAUUAAAGCCACCACCUGUGGAACUUCUAAAUAUUUAAAAGGGCACUGUUAAAUACAGACAAGAACAGCUUUUAAAAUUGCUUCGAGUGGUUCAUAUGAAAGAACAAAUAUAUACAUAUACACACAUAUGUGUGUAUAUGUAUAUAUGUGUGUAUAUAUACACAAGUAUAUACAUAUAUAUAUUUAUAAGAAAUGUAAACUUUCAGCAAUAAUAUUAAUGUAACAUUUUUUUUCUUGAGCCUAACUAUUUAAGUAAAAUAUAACAAAAAGUACUCAGGAACAGAUUUUUUUUAACUAUAAUUAUGAAUGGAACUGAAAAAACUAUCAGUGUGCACUGAAUAAAGUACUCUUCUCAUUCUACAUCACUUUACUGUCUUACCCUUUAAAGUUUUACCUUUAAACAUUUUUUUAAGGAAGGAGACAAUUUCUAGAGCCAGUAGGGAAAUAUUUAGCCAACUUAUUGAAUAAACAUCAGUAACAUGACUUUCCUCCAUGUUGAAGAUGAUUCUCUUAAAGAGAGAAAUAAAAUUUUUUAAAGGGUGAAAAAUUAAUUUUUUCAGGAACUUGAAGGCAUUUUUCCCUCAUAAUUUUUUCCCCUCAGUUUUGGCUGUUUCAUGGACCAUAUGAGUUUUCUUCAACAAUUUUAGGCUAAUUUUUAUCUUAAGCUGAUUUUUAUCUUGGCCUAAUUUUUAUGUAAUUCUUUUUAUUCCUCACAGUAUCCCAUCAAGUGGAUGGCUAGUAACAGGAAUAGAAAUUGUGAUCUCAUGUGAAUAAAUAGUGUAUGUAGAGGGGUCAGGUUUCACCAGCUGUUUGUAGAGUUUCUAUUAGAAUUCUCAGAGGUGCUUGGAUCUCCCUGUGUCCUUAGAUUGAGGGAGUAAUAUCUUGUGUAUCUGAUUGAUCCAAGUAAUCAAAGAGCUGUCAUGAACUGAGGCAUAUGUGUCAGAGUUGUGUGCUGCUUUCUCAAGUCUCAAAAAUCACACAGCACUACGAGAAGAGUUACCUAACAUAGAUCUGGUAUUGAACUGAUUUUAAGUGAAAAAUAAAUCUUUAGCUAAUAAAAGGUAAGCACUCCACAUGAUUUUAGUGUAAAUGCAAAGGAUUCAGUCCUCAGGGGACCUGGAUUGUCACGUUUUUUGAAAAACUGAAUUACUCUCAGUUCUGGAACCCCAGCAUUUGGAAUAGAAUCUACCCAAGGUGUGUAUGUCUGAAACCAUCCUUGUAGAGAUAAGUUCCUGCUUUGGUGUCAAGCUCUAAAGACUUUCCAGUGUUGUUUUUUUUCAACUUACAGUUAACUCCUAGAGUCCUCCUACCCUGAUGGAAUGAACCCUGUGCUACCUGUAAAUUGGUUACAGACUUAUCAGCCUCCCUUGGGUCCCAAAUAGAUUUCUCAAUGUCCUGGAAGCUCUGAGGAUGCAGGUUAAGGGCCCAGUGUUUCUAAAUUUGCCUGAUUAUAAGAAUCAUUUGAAGUACUGAUUAAAUAAUAUAUCCAGAAUAAUAUAUCCAUUGGGCUCGGCCUGGGAAUAUGUUUUCUACCAAGCAUUUCAUGAGAUCCUUCAGGCAAAUUUUGGAAAUGAGCCCAUCCAGUUGCAUUUAGGCAACUUAAGUAAUAUGCAAUUUGCGAGUUUCUGUAUAAUCAUUGGAAGUCUGUUUUCUAUGCUUGCACACACACACACAAUGUGGUUAAUGAGCAAGGGACAGAAUUGCACAUAAAGUUUUAUAACAAGUAAACGGAUUUAACUAGCUUGAUUAUUUGAUCACAGAUUAAAAUGGGAGAAAUGUAACAGCUGAAAGCUGAUUAGAAGGGGAGAGAGAAAACAAACUGAUAUUAAAACUAUAUAAAAUCCAUGACAUGAUUUAGCUAUACAGUAUUCAUAAGAGUAAAAUAAUUCAAUCCAGUGUCCAACAGGAAAUUGAUUAAUUGUGGUAGAUUCAUUUAUUGGAAUACUAAACAGCCUUUCUAAAUGACCUAGAAGAAUAGAGAAUAGCUUGGAAAGGUUUGCAUUCUGUAGUCAAUGAGCAAAAGCUUCUUAUAAAAUAGCAUGCACAAUGUGGUCCAGUUUGAGGGGAAAGUGUAUAUUCAUGGGAGAAAAAAGCCUGAAAGUUUAUAAUGGCUCAGAUGGGUUUUUCUUUUAAUUGUGCUUAAAGAAAAAAAAAACUUAAAAUUUACUAUUUUAACCAUUUUUAAUUGUAUAGCAUUCAGUAGCAUAACAUUCACAUUAUUAUGCAACAGAUCUCAAACUGUUUCAUCUUGUCAUCCUGAAACUCUAUACCCACUGAACAUUACUUCUCCCUCCCUCCUUUCUGCAGUGCUUGGCAAUCAGAUUUCUACUUUCUGUUUCCACGAUUUGACUAUUCUAUUUAUCUGUCUUUAUGCCAGUACCAUACUGUCUUAAUUAGUGUUGCACUCUAGUAGACUUUGGAAUCAGGAAAUGUGAGGCCUCUAUCUUUAUUCUUCUUUUUCAAAAUUGGUUUGGCUAUUUGGAAUACCUUGAAAUUCCAUAUGAAUUUUAUGAUUUUAUUCUACUUCUGCCAAAA